AUGACUCGAGGCUCUGUUAGAAAUUAAAAUGAAACGAUGUUCUUUAUUUCCGCAGUCAAUUUGAUUUUUGGAAUCACGAAGUCAGAAAUGUUCACAAUCAUAUCUAAUGCAAUCCUCUUUGGUUUGAUUUUAAUUUAUUUGUUAUACAAGUACAAGAGCCAUAGAAAACAACUAAUUUUCGAACAAGUCAUCGUAGUGUAUUAUUGCUGUUUCCAAUUGGUUCUGAGAGGAGUACCUGCUAUUUGGUUUAAUAUAUUUUCGAUAUCUUUGGACUAACAUCUAGUUUAAUUUGUAACCUUACUAAUUGUUAUCGCAUUCACUUUCGCAUAAGUUCAACCGAUGACAGAGAUUAGUAUACUUUAAUCAAUUUUAGAAUAAUUGAUUCUGAUUAUCACAUUUCUUUACAAAAAGUACAAUUUCACCAAUCUUAAGAAGCACACUCAAAAUAAACUACUAAAACAGAUCAUCAAUAACGUAAGGUAUUACACAUUCGACCACAAGUAAAAUGAAGUUAACGGAGACAACUUAAUGCCAUCAGAACAAAUCUAAAUAUCAAAUGCAACAUUAUUUUCAUCUCGUUCUGAAAAUCAGAAAUUGCAAUGUCAAAUCAGAAAGGAUAUCAAAAUCAAAUGUUAUACCAAACAACAAUUAGACAUGGCCCAGCAAUCCCAACUCAUCACUUUAAAACCCUCAGUUUUUGAUACUAUGGCUGGAUUUCUGGAAUUCUACUAAAAGGGUAAGCAUUAGAUGAAGGAUAACGUGAUUUUAGCAUCUGAAUACGAAGAACCAACAGGACGAAAACAAUAAUAUAGAUUAUAUAUAGAAUAAUUUAAAUAAAUUCAAAAAGUAUACACUCUAGUUGCAUUUGUUAGUUUGCAAGAUAAAAUACCAUCAAAACAAAAUAAAUACAUUGAUAAGUUCAAGGUAAGUUUGUCCAAAAUAUUUACACACAAAUUGAAGACUCCUCUCAACACCACUCUAGGGUUCUUAUAAGCCAUUGUUUAAGAGAACAACACAAUAGAUGAAUAAUUAAAGUCUAACUUUUUGAAGCCUGCCUUUAUCAAUUCAAAAAUCCAAUAUUAUUAAGUCUAGGACAUUUUAGAUUAUGUUAAUUCAGCAAAACUAGUUACUUUUAAGGUGAGUAAGGUCAAUUUACAUAAGACUUUACAAUUGAUUUACGACAUGAUCGAAUUGCAAUGUCGAGCUAAGUAGAUUCAAGUCGUCUUUACGGUGAAUUCCAAACCCUUCGACAUAAAUGAGAGGUAUUUGAUUACAGCAUUUUAUGAUAGACCAAUAUACCUAUCUACUGAUUAAUUAAGAUUGGAGCGAAUCCUAUUCAAUUUAUUGAACAAAUCAUAUAGACACACAUAAAUCAAAGGGAAAAUUCAAUUAAAAGUGGAUGUAUUGACUGAACAUAAUUAAGUUUAAUUUAAAAUAAAUGAUAAUGUUUAAGGAUUCAAGUAAGAACAAUUUGAAUAAAUCAACAAUUUUGCUAAACUAUAAAACCAAUGCAUUCAUGGAUUUCGUAAUUCAAUUGCCAAAAGAUCGACUUUCAAAUUUAGUCUUACACUGCAGAUCACGAAUAAACUAAUUUAUUUUCUAAGUGAUUUUCAGUGUUCCUUAUAAAUAAAUCAUGAUUUGGAUGAUGGAGCGAGUUAUCAUUUUUUUAUCAGUCUCAACUGCCAAUAAGAAAAUCUCUAGUAGUCAUUCGAAGUCAGUUAGAGGAAUUUGAGUUUCUAAAGAAAAAACUCUAAUUCACUUAAAAAACAUCUACCAAAUCACAUAUCAUUAUUUACAACCAAUAAGAAUCAAACAUCGGAUAAAAUCUUAGAAGAAUAUGAAAUUGAUGUUGAACCGCUUGCAAAUAAACCACUUUAAUUGAGCACUUAAAUGGUUCAAACCUCUCCUAAAAGUACUCUAUUAAAGAACUAACCAGUCCAACAAAGCAUCCUUCCUUUUCACAAAUCUGUCUUUCAAAAGGAAAUCAUUGACAAAUCACUAACUAUUUCGAUGGCUUUUGAUCACUCCUUCAAUGUGAAACGUAUUACAGAUUCAAUAGACAUCAGACAAGACAUGAAUUAAACCAUUAUGCUGGUUGAUGAUGAGCCAUUCAAUCAUGACACUCUGAAACUAAUGCUCAAGAGUUUAGGAUUCAAAAAUUUUAUUAGUGCCUACCAUGGCUAAUAAUGUAUAGAAUUAGUAACAAAACAUUACAAGUCUAUCAAAGUUAUCUUCAUGGAUCUAGAUAUGCCUAUAAUGGGCGGAAUUAAGGUUCUCGUCCAAUAGAUGCAAGAUGGUGAAAUCGAUUACAUACCAAUUGUUGCUUGUACUGCGCAUGAUGAUAAAGAUACUCAAUAAGAAUGUCUAAUGGCAGGAAUGAUUUAUAUAAUUGCUAAACCUGUAUUUAUAAGGAGUUUGUAAGAAACAUUUUUGAGAAUUAAUGAAAUCAAAGUUAAAUCUUAAAAUUAUAUUUUUGGAUCCAAAGCAAUUUCGUCAAGUAUUAAAUGA